GCGCAUAUCUCACCUUCUGCAGUGCAUUACUUGUCUGCGUGUGUGUGUGUGUGUGUGUGUGUUAGAUCCCUAUCCCAUUGCUUUGUGCUGUUAUACCCGGCGCCACCGACGGGUCUCUCGCAUCCUAAUCCAAGAUGGGCGUCACCGCCACGGAAGAUGUCAUCAUCGGUAAGCUGCUGCUAAACCCGGUGCACAACACCUCCGCGCCUGUCCCAGCGGCGGAUGGCGACAGCAGCCCCACCUCGUCCUACGUGCGACAGUCACGGUUACAAGCUUUCAAAGAAGAGUCCGCCGCAGCGGCCACACCCAAGACAGGGCUUGCCAGUCGCACUGUGCAAUCACGCGGUGGGAGCACGAGCUCGACCGACCUGGCCGUCGUCGCCAAGAACGAGUUGACAGAGGAGGAGGUGACCUAUCUCGUCAUGGAGUCACGCAAGCUCUUUAUGUCGCAGCCGAUGCUGGUGGAGAUCGCAGCGCCGGUCAACAUGUGCGGUGACAUCCAUGGGCAGUACUACGACCUGCUGCGCCUGUUUGAGCUGGGUGGGUACCCGCCGGAGAGCAAUUACAUCUUCCUCGGCGACUACGUCGACCGCGGCGAGCAGUCGCUUGAGUCGGUGUGCCUCCUCCUCGCUUACAAGCUGCGCUUCCCGAACAAUUUCUUUCUCCUCCGCGGCAACCAUGAGAGCAGCAGCAUCAGUCGCAUUUACGGCUUCUUUGACGAGUGCAAGCGUCGCUUCAGCGUGAAGCUGUGGAAGCUGUUCACCGACACCUUCAACUGCAUGCCCGUGGCGGGACUGGUGGAGGGGCGUAUCUUGUGCAUGCACGGAGGCCUUAGUCCGGAGCUGCGCAGCUUAGACCAAAUCCGACGUAUACUGCGGCCAACGGACGUGCCGGAUAGCGGCCUGAUCUGUGAUUUGCUCUGGUCUGACCCGGCAGACGAGCCGAUUGUCGGCUUUGGCGACAACGACCGCGGCGUCUCGUGGACCUUUGGCGAGAACGUGGUGGAGGGCAUCGUGCGCAGCUUCGACUUAGAUCUGAUCUGCCGUGCGCACCAGGUCGUUGAUGAGGGUUACAAGUUUUUUGCGAAGCGAAAACUGGUGACGGUCUUCUCUGCGCCGAAUUACUGUGGUGAGUUCGACAACUACGGCGCCUUCCUCUGCGUGGAUGCGAGCCUGAUGUGCAGUGUGAAGCAAAUUGUGCCGCUGUUUCAGGUGGAUGAGUUUUAUUAG